AUGCAGCGCUUCCAGAUCUUUCUCGAGCAUAUUUGGAUCUUGUACGUGAGCUAUGUAGUGCCAAUCGAUCGCGCGCCAGAGGACGCCGAUGUCGUUCGCACGAGCUUCCGUGAGUUCUUGAGCGUACCAGAGACUGCGCUGGCCAUCUCGGUGCGCCACGUUGAAGACAUGCCUCAUGACAUGAACCCGUGCGUUGUUUGCUUGGGCGCGUUGGACGUUGAAGACGUUUACGGUCCAUCGACGGUGCUAGCGCUAGCGUGCGGACACAUCUUCCAUCGCGACUGUCUUCAGCAGUGGUGUGCGGUGGCUGCAACGUGCCCGAC